AUAUAUAACUAUAUUGCUCAUAAACGUUUGUAAACGAAGUAACAAGCUAACAAGUAAUAUAUUUGAUAAACUGAUUUUCUUAUAUAUUCAUCAAGGAAAUUAUUAAUAAAUAAAAAACCAAAAUGAGUAAAGCACAUCCACCAGAGUUAAAAAAAUACAUGGAUAAAAAACUGUCUCUUAAAUUGAAUGGCGGGAGACAUGUGGUUGGAAUUCUUCGCGGUUUUGAUCCAUUUAUGAAUAUGGUGAUCGAUGAAAGCAUCGAAGAAUGCAAAGAUGGAUCUAAAAAUAACAUUGGGAUGGUGGUAAUUCGAGGAAACAGUGUCAUUAUGCUAGAAGCAUUGGAUAGGAUAUAAACUAAAAAAGAGUGUAUCCUCAAGCUUCAAUAAAAUGUACAGCUCAGAAA